AGUUCUAUAAGCAGCGCGUUAAAAUUGAAUUAAAUUUAAACGUAUUCGAUGAGUCUGUGCUUAAAAGUCUCGACUCGAAGUGUGAUAAGAUUUCGUUUUAUUUGUGUCACAAACAACAAACUGAACUUAGUCAAAUAAACGCAAUACGCACGGCGUCGAAAAAAGAAUAAAAGGAAAUAGUCAUGUGGCUUGAUAUUUUGCCAUUGUUGUCGUUGUUGAGUAAACACUUUUCAAACGAUGGUAACGUAACUACAUCGAAUGUGGGUGUUAAUAUAACCGAACCAGACAAUUUAAAAUUGAUCGAAGCGCAAAAUGUGAGUGAACUUCUGAAAUCACCUUUGUGUAAUUUUCGAGAUAAUAAAACUGAACUAGCCGAAUUCACAUUGGAAUGUCAAACACUUUUGAUGAGUUUGGACUUAGAAGGUUUGCUCGAGUUAGCUAAAAAGAAAAACAGACUUUCUCUUAUAGCGUCCGAUGUAUUCAAGCAAAAAUAUGCAAACUACACCGUAAAAAUCGACCAUAAUGGUGAUACAAAAACCGAUCUCAUUCUUAUGAACAACGAAACGAUUUUAAUGCUUGGAUUGAACACUACGAGGAAAAUACUUAAACACUUUGGUCGUGCCAUUCAAAAGCUAACGAUUCAAACUCAACACUUUUGGAUAAAUAAAGAGGACGACAUAUUGGAACUUGUUGAUAAAUAUUGUAAACUGUCGUUGAAUAAAUUGAGCUUGGAGAUAACGAAUGGUGAUACGUUGAAAAAAUUGUCCGGUCCCUUUGAAAAGGUUGAAGAUUUUACAUGCAAUGUUAUUGAUGUCACAGAGGUUGCGAUUCGCAAUCAUAAUUCAUUGAACAGUAUCUUUCCAAACAUAAGAAAUUUAACGUUAAUUAUAGAGUCCGACACAAACACCAAUUUCGUAGAUCAUUUGCCGCAUUUGGAAAAUUUAAACUUGAUUGGUGAUGUGGUAGAACUCGAUGACAACCAAAAAAAUACAAAAUAUGUGUAUACCGAACGUUUAAUUCGAAAAAAUCACAACAUUACAAGUUUAAAGUUGGUUUAUUAUCCACCUGACUAUUUGAACGUUGUGGAAAAGUAUCUAAAGAAGAUUGAAAGUUUGGCGAUUUGGCAUUUUAACCUGAGUGCGCCCAUUAUCUUUAAAUUUAGAGAUGUGAAAAAAUUUGAAUUCUUAUCACCGCCUAUUGGUUCGCCGACAAAAAUUUCCUUUUCAAAUUUACAGGAAGUGAGAUUGAAGUAUAAUGCCAAACACGAACGAGAAUGGAUCGAUUUCUUUACAAACAAUCCGCAUUUAAAGCGUGUUUACAUCGAAGAUGAUGCAGAAAAUGAGAAAUAUUUUUCAUUGAAAAGUCUUGGGUCACAGCUGAUGGAGGUUGAAGAAUUUUCCAUUUUGAGUAACAACAACAUUUCAUUUAGCGAAAUCGUGAAGUUUGUUGAAAUUAAUUGGUUUUACAAACUGCAGAGAUUCACGUACGGAUCGAAGAAUUUCAAUGAAGAUGAUGGAGAAUAUUUAAAAAAAGAAUUGGAAAAUAAAUGGAACAUUACCGAAUUUAAUGAUCAUUUUGAUGGAUUUUUAUUUGAAAGAAUAAGAAUUGAAGAAUAAAGUUGAACACGACUAAUGAAAAUAAAGUGGCGUUUUGAU